AUGGCACCAACGUCAGCUGCAGUACCAAUUUAUGAAGAGCCAGUAACAUUUCUUAAUCAGUUUCAUCCUUACGAAAUCAAAUGUAGAAAGGUUGAUGGGUCACUGAAUUUUUCAUCAAUUUUCUAUAAAGUAAGAUCGCAAAUCGAAGUUCAAGCGUUUAAACACAUGAUGAUUGUUAUCCGUGCAGAAUUUACUGUAAUAACUGUAUGUUUCGAAAAUCGAAAAGCUCGAUACCAGAUGAAAGAAUUAAUAGAAGCUUGGAUGAAGCGUUAUCCAGGAAAACGAUUUUUGGAGAUUGACAUUGCCAUGUGUUCGAAUAUUUCCAACGUCAAAUAUGGAACGCGAUCAGCAGAAUUUACAUGGGACAGUUCUCUACCAAAUACCAGCAUUUUUCUGAGAUUUUCUGUUGUCAGUUCAGAUUUUAUCGAUAAUGCCGGCGAGAAAGGACAACCAUUUCGAUUAGUAUUUCAGACAUAUCCUCGCGAUUUUUCACAGUGCAUACAACAAAAUAGUUCUCAAAUACAGAUUUUUAAGCUUCGUGGAGCUGAACGAAAAAGGCAAACUGAACGUGAAAAAGCUGCACGUCUUGGCAGGCAAGAGCAUUUUCAACCAGCAUAUGAUUAUACAAUUUUAUUAAAUAAUUCUUUUGAAUAUGAAGUGGAAAAUGAAUUACGAAUUGAAAAGUCCAUAGAUGAAUCUGAUCUCCUUGACGGUCAAAUUACUUCGAGCACCUCUUAUCAAAUUUCGAAUAUUGCAUCAAAUCGAAGAAAUGGUGAAAUACUAAAACGCAAAGUUGAAAAGACGAUAUGUGAGGACUGCCUAACGCUCCCUCCCAGAAAAUGCUUAUUGUCAACUGAGGAACAAAGUUCGUCCAGAGAAACUUCAGUAGAAAUUAGUCCCAGUUCGAAUACUCUUUAUAAUUAUUCGGUUAUGGAAACAGCCGAAUGGCUUCGCUUGCAUAGAUUCACUAAAUAUUUGAAUAUUUUUUCUGAUUACGAUGGUGGAGAUCUUCUUCGAUUAAAUAUCGAUGAAUUAGCAUCACUUAUGGAAAAUAGAGCAGAAGCGAUUCGCCUUUUUCAUAUUAUGCGAAAAAAGUUGCCUGAACCGAGGUGUGUAUUAUAUGUCUGUAUGGGUAUUAGCGACGUGUAUAAUAUGAUCGCUGUACAUGAAGGCACCGUUAAAGAACUCAAAAAAAAUUUAGAACAGUUAAGUAAACAAAAAUUGGAUGUGUUAUUUUUAAGAGGACCUAAAGGAAUAAAAGUUAUUCAGAAUUGGUCUACGGAAUCUGUUUUUCGAAUUUCAAUUACUGAUAAGGAAUGUCUUAUAAUUCCACAAUUUUAA